AGACCGUGAGGAAGACGAGGCAAGUGAUGAUGGAGCUGUGGGGAAUGGCGAUGUAGAUGGCAAGAUUGGUAGGAGGAAUAUGCGCCUUAAGCAAGAUCACGAAUUGGAUCACGCAUCACGCUGUAGGGUUGCAAGCUGUGGUGGAGAACAGGGUAGGUCUGCUGAUGGGGAUCAUGGCAGUGAUCGUCCUGGUGCUGGCCAUGGUGGAAUGGAUCACAAUGCACACAUGGCUGCUGGCAUGGAUGCCAGAAGUGGUAUAGAAAAGGGCAAGGCCGUUGAUGGGGAUCAAGGUAGUGGUGGAGAACAGGGCAUCGCUGCUGAUGGGGAUCAAGGCAGUGGUGAUCAUCGAACUACUGCUGGCCGUAGUGGAGCAUGCACUUCUGCUGGCAGGGUUGCACGAAGUGGUGGAGAACAUGGUAAUGUUGCUGGCCAUGGUGGUGACGAUGUCGAUGGAGUUUGUCGGAAAAUCAUUAGUGGUGGCGAACAGGGCUGCACGAGCAUUGCCGCUGCAAAAGCUAGUGGGGCAGCUGGGGAUAAAUAUGCGGAUCACCUCCUUGAUGUCGCUGCAAAUCAGUUUGGGGCAAAUCAAUUUGUUGCUGCAAAUCAAAGUGGGGCAGCAGGUAAACAAAGUGAAGCCUCUGUCAAAUUGGCUGCGACCAGAGUGGGUGAAUGCGUGGGUGUUGUGGCUCAACCAAACAAAUCACGAUCGUUUGCUGCAGCGGAUGUUCAGCCAAGAUCUAUUGUGGUUGAAGAUCUCCCAACUCUUGGCUUCGUCAAAGUCUGUGUUCCAGACCAGGCAUAUCAAAGAGGCUUAGAGUACUGUAAGUUCUCUUUAAUUGGUUGAUUAAAUUUGGCUUCUACCAGUAUCCUCAAAAUAAGGUCUAUUGUAAAAGACCUAUGGAAAUUAACUUCACCAGUCAAUUUAAUUCCGCUUGGUAGAGGAUUCAUACAUAUAAAAUUCCACAAUCAUAAUGAUAUGAUAGGGGGGACCGUGGGGACUAGAUGGACAAAUCCUUUGGUUACAGCAGUGGCGACCAGAUUUUAAUCCAUCAAGGCAAAGGUUGGAUCACGCUUUGGUUUGGGUUCGCUUCCCUGACCUUGGACGAGAAUAUUUGGAGCCUGAAACUUUGUUCACUCUGGCAAAAGCUAUUGGUACACCAAUCGAUAUUGAUAAAAAAUACUAGAGCUCGAACAUGGGGUCAUUUUGCCCAUGUUUGUGUCGAUAUUGAGAUCAAUAAAGAAUACCUAAAAGAGAUUAUGGUGGAGCGACCAAAGAUUGAUGGAACAGGGGUAGUAUCUUUCAUGCAAAAAGUGGUUUUGGAAAAUCCACCGAAGCGACGCAAUUUUUGCAAAUUGAUUGGCCACGAUGUGGCAAAUUGUAGAAACUUAAAGAGAGAUGAGGUGUCCGCUAAAGAUAGACAGGGUAAUUGGGUUUAAUGAAGAAAACAAUGAGAGGAUUGUGGUAACACCGGAUUUAUCUAGUACUUGGCAGUGAAAUUUGGGUGGUGAUUCCUCUUCCACCCAUGGUGCCAAUGAUCAAGAAUGGCUCACUCCGAGAAAAAAAAUAGCUCAAAAAAAGGGAGCCAACCAAAGAUUGUACUGGAGACACAAGACCUGGGACAAAUUGCCCAAGGGACCAGUCAGAGAGUGGUGGUUUCUAUCGAACAGGCGGGAAAUAGGUCCACAGUCUAUUUUGUACAGGAAGAAGUCCAAAAAAUUGAUGACCAUAUGCAAAAGGAACAAGAACAACAACUGAAUUUCGUUGAAGCAAUGUGCGGGAAAGAAGAUAAUGAACAUGCACAUGCACGUACUUAUCAAGAGGAGUCAGAAGCCUCUUCUCAAGAUGAACGACAACAAUGUGACGAAGAAGAAGAGGCCCUGGACUACCAGGUUUCACGGGAAGUUGUAAAGGUGAAGAAAAAAAGAGAAAGGAAAAAGAAGUCUGAGCUGGUGGAUUUAUCACCGUCAAGGAGGUCCGAUAGAGUUGCUGCAAUAGGGCAGCUAAAGAAUACAAAGUUAUCCCAAUGAAGACCCUUUUCUGGAAUGUAAGGGGGCUUGCAAACAAAAGGGCAAUUGCCGCAUUAAAAAAUUUCCUGAGAUUAGAAAAUAUCGAAGUCUUAACCAUUGCAGAGCCCAUGAUUACUCCUUCAAAGGCUCCAAAAAUCUAAAGUUGCUGUCACUCAAAGAUCAUCGUCAUUGUCGGAAGAGCAGAAAGGUGUAGGGAAUGUUUCCAGUUGACUCAGAUUA